UCGAGACGACGAAUGAAAUAAUGGAACAGAGUCAAAAUCGGUCCCGUAUUGGCCACCGUGCAGUGAAGUGGUGUUCAUCAUCAAGGGCAGCAAGCGGUUCACCUACUGCGCCGAGUAAGGCAAUGGAGUGAAUGCACAACCGCCGGUGAUGAAGAGCCGCACAUCAAACACGAUGACCAUCCAUCCAUCGAUUCAUCCAUCGGUUGAGAGGGACAGCCAACAAAACCAAGCCAAAACCUCGCUCACAGACACACCCACGUACGGCAGACAGGCAAGCAUCGCAAGUCACACAAGGAAAGGGGCGGCCAGCCACUCCUCACUUCCAGAUCCAUCCAUCCAUCCACGCACCAUCAGGAAGCGCAUGCAUCACGCAGCAAACAGGCGUUGUUCAGCUACAGUGGCUAGGUAGUGAGGGUAUGGCUGGCUGGUCCUGGCUAAGCGGCUAGAGAGGUCGGUCACUGCCUCCUGUGCGUGACGUGGUUCUUAAUGUGUGGUUGUUGUGCUGAGGCGUGCCGAUGGGAAACAGUUCCGGCCCGACCACGGGGUGGGCCGCCUCUUCGGCAGCCCGCUCCUCCUUCUCGGCCUCACCAGCGUCAUACAUACGGUCCUACACACACGCACACAUAUGGAUGGAUGGAUGGGCACACAGCCAGAUAGAUGGGCAUGGUCGGCUAGUGGUGUGUACCAGAGGUUUGAUUUUGAUGUCUGCGUAUGGCUGUUCUUGUUUGACGUCGAUGAAGCCCUUGGUUCUGAGCACCAGCAGCUCGAAGAACCCUCGGGCCACCUGAUCGACCGAUGCAACAGCACAGGUGUGCAGCAAGUGUGCUGCUGUGUGCUGGGGUGCUCGCUGCCCGACUGACCGUUUCGCGAUUCAUGCCCUUGCAGACUUUCUUGAAUGAGAGGUCGCCGUCCUUAGCCUUGCUCUUGUCGGCCAUCUCCUUCAGAUACAUCAUCAUCUGACCCACCACACACAGCACAGAGCAAAAUCGACCACAUGUUUGCAUUCUCAUUACGCGUGCGUGUGUCGGUUUCUUACACACCUUGGUGGUGUUUCUGGAGUAUCCGAUGAAGUUCUGCUGCUGGCUGUUUUGCUGCUCCGACUCGCGGCGCUCCAACACACCCUCCGGCCCCUGACGCAACACAUCAGCUAAUCCACCACCAUCACCUACUGCAAAAGCACCAACAAGCAACAACAAGCACAUGAAAGGACGGGCGGACGGACGUCUGCUUGGUGGCAUUUAUAACACACUCACCGUGGUCCUCCGGGUCUGAUGGCUGUCCGUCCAUCUCCUCCUCGUUGCGGCCAGGAGGGGCGGGAGGGGCCGCCGCGGCAGCAGCAGCGUCACCAUCAGCUUCAGGCUCAACACCUGGACACAUACAUGACAGACAGACAAGGGGAGAAGAAUGCAACCUAAAGCUGCUUGGCUUGCUGUGCGGAUAAUGCUGCCGCUAUGUUAUUUACCGUUCUGCAUCGGCUCCUCCUGGUCCUCAUGCUCACUGCAGACAGCAGAGAGGACCACAACCACGAGAGCACCUUUCGGUCUGCGUGCGUGUGUGUUGCAUGUUGUGUGUUGUGUUUUGUGCCUACCGCAGGUCCUCCAGUCCGGCGGGCAUGAAGUCGCCCAGGUCUAUGUCCUCCGCGCCCUUCAUGUCCAUCUCGUCGUCCAGCGGCUCCUCCUUGGCCGCACCGCCUGACGGGAUGUAGCCCUCCAAACGACGCCUACAUGAAACACACACACGCACAACAAAGACACACGGAUACAGGGGGUGUGUAGGUGUGUGAGGUGAUGUGAUGUGAUGUGGUCUGGUGGCCUGUGUGUACUUCUGUCCUGCGUUGAUGCGUUUCAGGAGCCUCGUCAAACGCUUGCCCAAACCUGAACGGCAGGCACAGACGGACCGAAAUAUGAGCAUGCGGGCAGUCGUGUCCAUCGCCCCCCUGUGUGUCUCACUGAUCUCCAUCAUGUGACGUGCUGACCGUGUAUGUGUACGGGUAUGGGUGGCAUGAGGUCGGGGUCGAUGGGGUAGGGCGGGUAGCUCCGGUCCAGGAUGUCGUCACGGUUCUGUAUCCAGUCCUCCGUCACGCUGCCCACGCACAGACGGACAUCACACACACGAGGGGUGCAGAGCGAGCGUGUGCAUGUGUGUGUGUGGUUUGCGCACGUACGCUUGGGUCAGCAUCGUGGUGGAGUCGACUUUGGUGGGCUUGUGGCGGUCGACUUUGGUGGGCUUGUCGCGGCCGCCUCCCUUCUGCUUCUGCUUAGCCGCGCCGCCCUCAGCCACAACAUCGCCGUCACUACACACACCACACACAGCACCAAGUGUUCUCUUCUCCCUCUCUCUCCCUCUGCCCAUGAUAGGGUGUGCUGUGCUGUGCGUACACUUCUUCAUCCUGGUCUAGUCCCAGAUCCUUCCAGAACUCGGGCUCGUUCUCGAGGGGCGGAGGCGAGUCGUCCAGACCACCAUACAUGUCCGCACCGUCGAGGUCGGGCGGCGCCAUGUCCUGGAAGCCAUCCUGGUUGGCCGACAUGGGAGGCAGCUCGCCAUCGCCUUCGCCGCGACCAGCAGGAGACUGAACACAUGGGAAGCACACAUGGGUUGACCGUGUGGUGUUCUUCGUGUGUGGUGUGGUGUGGUGUGGUGUGGUGUACCCUGCGAUGUGCGGUGGAUCCGGGAGGGGCCUCUGAGGGCGCGCCUUCCCCUACGUCGCCAAACACAUCCGCAUCCUGACACCGACACACACAAGAGAACACGGAUCAGAGGAUGGCCCAUCGUUCUGGGUGAAGUCUUUGGCUGGCGUCACGUCACCUGCAGGUCCUGCGCGGCCGCAGCUGCAGCAGCCGCCUCGCCACGAGGACGCUCUAUGUCUAUGUCCAUCUGUAUGUACAUAUUGAUAGACACACAUGACCAAUACGCAGUUCAUUUGGUCUUCUCAUCUGGCUUACGGCGUUGUCACCCUCCCCUCCGAUGCCCUCCUGCCCUCCGCCUUCGCCGCUACCGCCACCACCACUCGCACCGUCGAGCACCUGACCAAAGCACCGAAGGGAUCCAUGCAUGCUGCGUGUUGUGUUGCAUUGUCCCAUCUUGCCCACCCACCCACCGGUCCUGCAUCGGGUGCUGGGGGUGAUUCGCCCCCCUCUGGCUCUCCAGCAGGGGCGGCAUCUGCGUCUGCAUCCGCAUGUGCGGCAGGCGCGGGCGAAGGUGUGCGGGGGGCGGGAGCAGCGUCCAGGUCUCCCAGUCCAUCCAAGUCACCACCCAUUCCGAACUCGAAACCACCAAUGUCGUCAACACCCAUACCACCAUCCUCAAACUCAUCUGAGCACCGCAAGGUAGGUAAAGCGGGGGGUCAGGUGCGUCCAUGUCUGUGUGUGUGUGUGUGUGUGUGGUCCGGUCCUCACUCCUGGGCAGCAUGUUCAUGUCGUCUAGGCCGCCCAGCAAGUUGUCGUUGGCCUGGUCCGCCAGAGCGAUGUUCGCACGCUGACCACCACUGAACCAUCACCAACCACACAGACGAGAACACCGCAUAACCACCACAGAACACACAGCGGGGGCAUUGUGCGUGGUGGUGGUGUUGUGACUACCGUGUGGCCGGUGUGGGUAGAUUGGGCUGGUCGGGCACGUCCUCGAACACGUCCUCGCCGUCGAAGGGCUGCGUAGGGCCACCCAAAUCCGGACCACCAAUCGCACUGACACGCACACCAGACAGACACAAGACAUCCAUCCAUCAAUCUUCCGCAGCGAUGGUGUGUGCUCUGUCUGUUGCUGGCUGUGCGCACUCACCGCAUCUCAUCGUCUUGCUCUUGCUGUCGCGACGUGGCAUCCUUACGGCCGCGCUUCUCGCCAUCCUUGUCGCCGCGAGACUCGUAUUGCUGACACACACCAAACACACACGAUGGCCAAGAAACACCAUGUGAUGAGUGGAGAGGGCGGGUCAGAUGACGCAGUCAGUCACCUACCUGGUUGAGCUUGUGGAGCAUGUCGAUGCACUCCUGAGAGGAGAGGAGGCAAAUGCAUAGAUCCGCACAGACGCAGUCAUCCUCCGCCUGUUUCCUCUCCCCCCUUCAUUCGAUUUGCCAUUGUGAAUGCGUACCGCUUCGUGGUAGACCGUUUUUGCGAGGAAGAGCCUGGAUACGCCGAUGAGUGCGCUGCUGGUGAGUCUGAGGCUGCUGGACACGCCGGAGGGGUCGCUGAGGAGCUCCUCGAUGGCGAGUCCGAUGUCGACAUCCUGCACCUCGCGCUUCUUGAGCUUCUUGUCCGACUGGAACGCCGCCACCCACACCGGCGUCAGCGACUUGUUGCUCGUGAAGUUCAACGAGUUCAUGACGGUCACUGACGCUGAUGCGAUGGCUGGCUAUCAAAGAGGGGUGCAACCAACAAAGUGAUGGAAAAUGUCUGGCGCCCCUCGCUCAGCCCAUCCUUUCGUGCGCGUCA